AAAACUUUUUAUUUAGUCCUUCUAUUUUUAGUCCCCAGCUUCCCCUCUGCACUUUCCUAUGUCUGGUAUCCAAAGUCCUGAACCUCUGGUUUAGUUUGUCAAAUAAUAAAUGUCUCUAAGUAUGGGAGUAAAAACCUAAGAAAUCUAACAGUUCUUAGACAAAUUUUCAAAUACCUUUCCAUUUUCCUUCCUUUUCUUUGCCCACACUUUCUGUAGCACGUCGUGCCUAAAGGUCCUGAACUUUGCCUGCUCUGUUGGCUUCCUUUUUGUCCAUGUCACCUCUACACCCACCUCUCUGCCACUGAGUCAGUUAUUGCUCUUCUGUUUUCUCAGGUUAUAGAUUAUCUGAUAGUUUGUUGGAGAUGAGGUUUGUGGACUUUUUUCCCUUGGCAACCAGAGCCUCGCACUUGCUAAGUGAGCGUUCUACCACUGAGCUACACCUCUAGCCCUAGAUACAUCCGGAAAGUGCUCAGAAGAAACAUCCUGUCAGAAAAACUGAAAAAGCAGUAUUUAUAACACUGGAAUCUGUGGAUAAAUUUGUUAAAAUGGCAGAAAGUAGUGAAAAUAAUAGUAAAAAUAUAGAUGUAAGACCCAAAACUAGUCGAAGUAGAAGUGCUGACAGAAAGGAUGGUUAUGUGUGGAGUGGAAAGAAGUUGUCUUGGUCCAAAAAGAGUGAGAGUUGUUCAGAUGCUGAAACAGUGGAUACUAUAGAGAAAACUGAAGUUCCUUUAAGGAGCCAAGAAAGAAAUCACAGCUGUUCAUCCAUUGAGUUGGACUUAGAUCAUUCCUGUGGUCAUAGAUUUUUAGGCCGAUCUCUUAAACAAAAAUUGCAAGAUGCUGUGGGGCAGUGUUUUCCAAUAAAGAAUUGUAGUAGUCGACACUCUUCCGGGCUUCCAUCUAAAAGAAAAAUUCAUAUCAGUGAACUAAUGUUAGAUAAGUGUCCUUUUCCACCUCGAUCAGAUUUAGCCUUCAGAUGGCAUUUUAUUAAACGACACACUGCUCCUAUAAGUCCCAAAUCAGAUGAAUGGGUAAGCACAGACUUGUCUCAGAGUGAAUUGAGGGAUGGUCAGCUAAAACGAAGAAACUUGGAAGAUGUAAACUGUUUCUCUCAUACCAAUGUUCAACCUUGUGUUGUAACUACCAACAAUGCUUCAUGUAGAGGUGGUCCCAUGACUGGCUCUAUGAUGAAUCUAGGUCCAAAUAACAGUAUAGAAGAUAGUGAUAUGGAUUCAGAUGAUGAAAUUAUAACACUUUGCACAAGUUCCAGAAAAAGAAACAAACCCAAAUGGGAAAUGGAUGAUGAUAUCCUACAGUUGGAAACACCUCCUAAGUACCACACCCAGAUUGAUUAUGUUCACUGUCUUGUACCAGACCUCCUUCAGAUCAAUAACAAUCCAUGUUACUGGGGAGUUAUGGAUAAAUAUGCAGCUGAAGCUCUACUAGAAGGAAAACCAGAAGGUACCUUUUUACUUCGAGACUCAGCACAGGAAGACUAUUUAUUCUCUGUUAGUUUUAGACGCUAUAGUCGUUCUCUCCAUGCUAGAAUUGAACAAUGGAAUCACAACUUUAGCUUUGAUGCACAUGAUCCUUGUGUCUUCCAUUCUCCUGAUAUUACUGGACUCCUGGAACAUUAUAAGGACCCAAGCGCCUGUAUGUUCUUUGAACCACUUUUAUCCACUCCUUUAAUUCGGACUUUCCCCUUUUCCCUGCAGCAUAUUUGCAGAACAGUUAUUUGUAAUUGUACAACUUAUGAUGGUAUUGAUGCCCUUCCAAUUCCUACUUCUAUGAAAUUAUAUUUGAAGGAGUAUCAUUAUAAAUCAAAAGUUAGAGUACUCAGGAUUGAUGCGCCAGAACAACAAUGCUAGGAAAAGGGUAGUAACAUGGGAAUAAUUGCAUAUGUAUUUUCAUUUAAUAUUUUAUUUUUUUUUUGUUAUUCCUCUUUGAAUUUUUCUGCAAAGGCAGUUGUAAUCAAAAAUAAGCCUCUGCUGGAUCUGUUUAUUUUUUAUGCUACACUGAUUGUUGGAUGUUAACAUAUAUUUUUAACCAUGUAUGUUCAGUUUGGGUUUUUAUUGUGUAAAUUGUAUACUUAAAAUUUUCUUUCCUUAACUUAUAGAUGGUCCAGGCAUAUUUGAAAUUUGGUAGGCAUUACAAAUACAUUUGGAUAUUCUGUAUUUUUCUUUAAUAAUAAAUUUAUGUUCUUUUCUACAUGUAUAAUAUUUUUAACCUAUGUUAUCAGUGUUCCUAUACAUAAAAUAUAGUUUCCUCAUCCCCUUUUUGUUGAACUUUAAAAUUCUUCAGUAAAGAUGAGUGCUACAAUUCAUCCAUACUAGUGUAAUUGACUUUUAUAAUUUACUAUAGGAAUGUUACAGGUAACAAAAUGGCUUAAAGUCAAACUUUCUGUGUUUUUAAUUUAAAUAUUAACUGUAAAACAGGAUUAAUCCAAAUCAAUGAGCAUCAAAUGAAAACAUGACAUUCUGGAGGUGCAUUUAUUCUACAAUAUGGCAUGGUCAUUUGCUAUUCCUAAAUAGGUGGUCUUCUCCACCUGGAAGAGUUAAAUCAUCCUCAUGUGUACAUGUGUGUACACAUAUGCAAACCUUGGCCCUUACCCGUGAUAGUCAUGUGCUAUACCACUGAACUAAAACCCCCACCUGAGUUAAACCAUCUUUAAAACAUAAACUUUAUUUCUCAAUGAAAACUUUAAAAAUAAUAACAAUAUUAAUACUUAGUAAUUAAAGCAACUAGGGUUUUUCUGUAUUCAUUUAUGAACUGUUGAUUCUACUUAGCUAUUUUUUAGAAGCUCUGAGCCUGUUACUUUCAGGAAUUUCCAUAGAUUAUAAACAACCACAGAUUUCUACUGGUUAACCAAAGAGGACCUAAGUAGUUUUUCAUUAUUUUCAGUUGACUUGAAUAAAGAUUCAAGAAGUAUACAUGGAGAUCAA